GGUAGUAUUUCAUUUUUCUAUUUGGGACUAAAUAAAAACCCUAUAUGAUUUUUGCUUUAAAUCGGAAAAGCAAUUCUGCCGAUUUCCGAUGAGUGAUGAAACUGCCGAUUGCUCUCUGACCGGAGAUGUAAUCUACGAAAUCCUUUUACGGCUUCCGGUGAAGUCACUGCUCCGAUUCCGAUCGGUCUCCAAGUCAUGGUAUUGUUACAUCAGCAGCCGCGAUUUUAUUCAGAUGCACCGUCGACAACCUGUCCAUGAAAAGCUUCUCAGAGUAAGCGAUAGAGGUCCUAGAGACAUCCCUACUAUCUCCUUCUUCUCUCUAGAUCCGAAAAUUACGACUGUUGUUGUUGAUGAUGAAAUUGACGAACUCGGAGAUUUCGAUUCCAGUCCCGAUCCGUCUGUUGUCGUUGUUGAUUUGCCCUUUCCAUGUACUCCCGACGAUGAGGUACGGGUCGUUGGUUCUUGUAAUGGCUUAUUAUGUGUUCAUUUCAAUAGGAGUUCAAGCAUUAUUUUAUGGAAUCCUGCAACUAGAAAGUAUAAAUUGCUUGAAUCCCCUGAUUGUGUCUCCUUUUAUUCUGAUCCUUUCUUCCGCUGUAUAAUGCUUGGUUUCGUCUCUCAAACUAAUGAUUACAAGGUUAUUAAGCUUCCAUCAUCUAGUAAGAACCCUAAGGUUUGGGUUUACUCCCUGAAUUCCGAUUUCUGGGAAGAAAUUGAAGCUCCUAUUCUUCAUGGUUUACUUCCCAAAGGUGGGUCUGCAGUAAUUCUUAAUCACUGCUUGUAUUGGUUAUCGUAUAGCAACGAUGACGAUAAUGAACUCGAUAUAAUUACUUGUUUUGAUUUGUAUAACCAAGUUUUUACAAGGAUUAAGCUACCAAAUCUCGAUACUGUCACUAACCUCACUAUUCAGAAGCUUGUGAUACUUAAGGGUUGUCUUUCUAUGAUUACCUAUUCUGGGAAUGGUAUAGCUGUGAACAACUAUGAGGUAUGGGUGAUGUCUGAACAACAAGGUGCAGCUGAGUUUUGGACUAAGCAAUUUGCUUUUUCGUCGUUCUCUAAUCUAGCACGACCCGUUGGAUCAUGGAGGAAAGGUGAACUUCUUUUAGGCUACCCAAAUGGAUUGUCACUUGAACUCAUAUCAUACAAUCCUUAUACAAAAAGAACUCAUAGCUUUCAAAAGAGAACUUCAGAGGGUAGAUUUAAAGUCAUAAAUUAUGUCGAAAGCCUAGAAUCCGUGGAGGGUAGUUAAGUAGACUCUAGAGAUUCGAAGUUUGAUACUGUUGGUAUUGUGGCCAUUUCGUUCUUUAUGUUGAUCAUUUUGAUCUUUAACGAUAUAAUUCAAUAUUUUGUUUAUGUUUA